UUUCGAGAACGUAAACAUCACCUUCUUCCUUUGCAUCUCUUUUUGGGGGACACUAUGAUAGAAGAUGAUCAUGCUGCGACAUUCGAAGAUAAUGGUGUAGCUAUUGUGGAAGCUGAUUUUACAACAGAUAAUACUACUGGAAAUAAUUUACAUCGACAUGAUCAUGAAUUGAUAUUACAUUAUAUUUAUACACAAUGUCAAUCAAAUCAUCCUAUCUCUUCUCUUCAACCUAUUCUGAAUCCUCCUCCACAAUGGGCCAAUCAACGGUUUAAUGGUCAUGUUUUCCCUGAAGGAACUCCAAAUGGUAUUGAUCUUUGUGUUUAUUUUUAUCAUGAUGCUCAAGAUUUCACAGAUGUCACCAAGGAAAUGGAACUUUUAUGGAAAAUCAAUGCUCUC